UAUUGGGUUGAAAAAUUUUGACACAAAAUUCUCUUCUACGAGAUGUUUUGUUUUUAUAGAAAAUCAUCAAAUUUUCAGAGAAAAAUCCAUUUUUGUAAUUUAAAAACUUUGCAAAACUGUAGAAGACGAGUAUAUCUUUAAAAUAGUGUUUAAAAACUGUGUAGAAAUUUGUGGAAAAUAGUGAUUUUCUGAGGAGAGAAAUUCAGUGAAAACAAACCAAAAUGCCUGAAGUGAAAUUGGAGCUGUUUUCUGUGAAACAGCGAGUUUUCCUGGUCAAACACUUCUACCAGAGUUUCGGGGACUAUAAAUCCGUCAAGAGUGACUAUGAGGCAUUCUAUGGAGCCUCACAGAUUUGCCAAAUAUCAGAAGCUGCAAUUGUUGAGUUGAUUGAAUUGUUUGAAGAUACGGGAAGUGUCUUAAAGACAAUCCGGAUGGUGCCUCAGGUGCCCCAGGAAUCCCAGAUGGAAGUUAGGAAAAAGAGGAAAGCUGAAGUGGGCAGGCAGGAGGAAGAAGCACCAGCUGAAGUAAGUUUAUGUAGGGAAAUUAAGGGAGAGAUGGCAAAAGUUGAUGAUCCUCUUGAGGAUGGUGAUUGCUACUCCAGGGAUGAAUGUGAGGAGGUUGGGGUGGAAGGGAAAGAACAAAUUGUCGUUCCGAGUAUUAAAGAAGAAUUUUUGGAUGAUGUAUAUGAGAAUGACGAAGAGGAAUUUGCCUAUGAUGAAGGGUAUUACCAUCCGGAAGAGGAAGAGAAUGAAGUGAUUGAGAAUACCAGGGCGGAGGAAUCAAGGGUGGAGACUCAGAGUCAAAAGAUUAAAGUUGUUCAUGUGAAUAGACUUCUGGAAGAACGAAUAGAGUAUGCAGAUGAUGAUGUACAGGAAAUUGAAGCUCCUGAGAAGUCUCCGGAUAAGCAUACCUGUCCAAAGUGCGAUAAGAAGUGUCGAACGCUGAAGGGGCACAAAUGCUUCCUCAUGGCUUGCACAUACUGCCGAAUGAAGUUUCCCCGGAAGGAUCUUCAUAGGCAUAUGAUGCGGAAUCAUCGGAACAAGAAGCUUUUUAAUUGCGAAUUUUGCGGUAAAUAUUUCCUCCGGCGGGAUGACUUGGAGAGUCACCGGAGGAUCCAUACGAAAGAGAAGCCCUUUACGUGUCGUGUUGAGGGAUGUACUGAACGAUUUCACUGGAGAACUGCCCUCAGGCGACACGAAUUGGCUGUUCAUAUCAAAGACAGCACAGAAGUGUUCAAUUGCAACUUCUGCCCAGCAUCCUACCGUCUCAAGGAAUACGUGGUCAGUCACAUGAAACGAUGGCACGACUACAAAGACUGCAAUGUGGACAAGAAAGCGGAACAGGAAGAAUAUCCAGGAACUGACAGGAGAAGAUGGAAGAAAUGUCCAAAUUGUCAUGAAAAAUGCGAAGAUCUCAUGAAUCAUGAGUGUCCGGCAGCUGUCCAGGAAGCCGCACCAAUUGUGAACAAUCCAACAGAGAAUGUCUGUGAAGUCUGUCAGAUGCAAUUUGACCGGGAUGAAGAGCUCCAGGAACAUCGAAUAAUCCACACAAAACCAAGACCUUUUAUCUGUGGCUUCGACGGAUGCAAUAAAUCUUUUUGCUGGAGACAAUCCCUCAGGAGGCAUGAGCACACUCAUAGAAAUGAUUGGAAUAGAUUCACCUGCAAUUACUGCCACUACUUCAGCUACAGCCAAGAUUUCCUCAAUAGGCACCUGGAGCAGGUUCACAAAAUCUCCCAUGAAUUCCCGGAAAAUUUCAUGCAACCUAAUCCCUCUAUUCACAUCCCAGAAAUCCCACAGAUUUACCAAGAAGAAGGAGAUUUUCAGCAAUCCUACGAGGCUCCUAGUGAAAUCCCUGAAAUCCCCGAACUCCUAACCUGUGUGCAUUGCCAGGAAAACUUUCCCAAAGACGAACUCCUUCAUCACAUAACCACGGAACACUCCAUGAAGCACUACUGCGAAGUCUGUGGCAAAACCUUCAGGAGACUCCAGAAUUUCCGGAAUCACCAGGAAUUGCACAUUCAGCAGCAAAAACUCUGGAUCUGCGGCACCUGUGGCAAAACCUGCCUGAGGAAGUACGAUCUCAAGAGUCAUGAGAGAGUCCAUUCGCAAGAACGACCCUACAUCUGUGAAAUUGAAUCGUGCAGGAAGACUUUUGCCUGGUUGCAGUCACUGCGGCGACAUGAGCGUCUCCAUGCAAAGCGUAAAGCAAAAUUUCCCUGCAAACUCUGCAGUCGACUCUUCACCACACGAUCCGCCCUCUCCGAUCAUCUCACGCGGAAUCACGAAUGCAAUCAAUGUUCGGACCUUUUCAAAACCAAGGAAGACCUCAUUGUCCAUCAAGAUUUCUGCACUGGAAGCAGAAAGGACCACAGUGAAGGCAUGAGCAGACGACGAAGGGAAACUGGUGAAUGUUCAAAAACCCGAAAUUUCUGAGCUUAGGAUUUGGGGCUAAAGUGGUAAGUUUAUCCAAUUAAUUGCUAAUAUUGAAAAAAUAUUUCAAUAUCAAUUACAAAAAAGAAAUAAAUUAGCUAUUUAAAUUAAUAAUUUUUGUGGUAUUUUAUUUCUAGAUAACUUUCUUAUAGAUCGACUGAAUUGUAGAUAAAUGAAAACCUCUUUCAACAAAUCCUAUUUAACCCCAUUGGAA